AAUGAGAGCUGGGUACUCUAUUUAUUUGCGGGAAACUCCGAGAAACUGCCAUGACAGACCGCCUGCCUUUUUGGAAGGUUUCAGAGAUUGCGACGCUUGAUCACUCACAGUAUGUUAUCUAUUUAUGUGCCGAUUGUUAAAAGCAUUAGGGUUUGUUAAAUGAUAUGGAACAGGGUGAAAUAAUGCCGACAGCCCCUCCAGGCGCGCAGUCAUAAGAAAGAGUGUACAGUGCGGACAUGCAUUGCCCGCGCAUCGAAAACAUCAAAAAUAAAUUGGUGGAGUACAUCCGCCGCGGCGUUAACCCUCAGAGCUUUGCACCUGUGAGAAUCCAAUAGUCCAUGAUCAGAAGCUCUCUUAUACCCUUUCGGUCAUUUCCUAAACAUUCUGCUUUCCCUUUGAGGAACAUCUCUAAGGGUAUUUCUAUCGCCACAAGAUGGCGCGUUCCAGGCGAAAAGUUGCUCCAGACCCCUCGUCAUUAACAGGCAAACCUCUCUCUGAGACCCUUACACCUUCACCGUUGAAAUUCAGAGAAGAAGGAUGGGUCACGUCUCCAGACCUGAUAAGAGAAGGGCUGCCGUUUGUUCCACAGGUCAUGUACAACCUGACCAGUUUUUUAUUGGGAAACCCGAACAAAAACUCCAGCCAUCUUUUCCGAGCCGACAUCUUGUUCGACAGCGAGGGUAGGCUGAAGACACCUAAGGAAAGAGAACUAUCAUUUGCGCAGAACCAAGAUGCAGAUACGGACAUAGAGGACGUCAAACCGCUCCCUCCAGCGGAAGUAUCAGGUUUCGAGUUAACAAGGACCGUUGUGAGAAGGUUCAUACCUAGAAAUCCCCAGCUGGACCGUGCCCUAGAGCAGACGUGCCAUUUUUAUUCUGGAUCUGCUAGAAGUGUUUUGAAUGGAGAGACGGAUGGAGACGAAACACAUGAUGACACGAAAAUCGACCGGUUGCUUUUCGUAUAUACUCCUCAUGUCUCCUCGAAGGAUGAUCUCCCCUGGUAUCAUCCGCUACUCCGUUCAUUAGCUUUCCUUUACGACUUCAAAAGUGAUUCUACAGUAACAACAUCACAUCAAUCUGCACAUUCCGGGUCAUUGUCUAUACAUUUCUUGCCAUUUUACGAUUCUGAAGAACCAAUCCCGACUCGCCUCGAACGUACACUUCAGGCUCUGCUGGCAACCCAGAUCCGACUGGCUCGAAUAACACGUUCUUCUGAUACCACUGAAGGUGGAAAUUAUAAUCCUUCGAAGGACAAUGUUCUACCGCAACACCGGAUACAGAACACCUACUCCCGACUAAAGAUCAAAUAUGGCUCUCAUCUCUGUGAAAAUUGGGUUGAGGAGACGGAACCUUCGAAACAUGUCUUCGAGGAUUUAGCGAUUACAGCGUUUCUCAUAGAGCUAUGGCGUUCUAUGUACGGGGUAGCACCCGAAGCCGAGAAGGAUGGCAAAAGCAGUGGGGAAUCCAAGAGUGAUUUCCCUGGGUUCGUCGACGUCGCUUGUGGUAACGGGGUUUUGGUAUAUGUUUUGCUUAUGGAGGGUUAUAAGGGAUGGGGGUUUGAUGCUCGCCGGCGUAAAACCUGGAGCAUAUUCCCUCAAUCCGUACAGGAGUGUCUCAAGGAGUCAAUAUACGUCCCCAAGCCAUUUGGAGACGCUAUAGUGGCCCGCGGAGAGAGCAACAUGCUAGACAUAGGUGUAUCAGCUCACACUGGGAUUUUCCCGAAAGACACCUUCAUAAUCUCGAACCAUGCUGACGAACUGACUGUCUGGACACCACUUAUGGCGGCCCUGUCUCAGCCUGAAUCUCCGCUGCCUUUUCUCGCCAUACCAUGCUGCUCCCAUUCUCUAUCAGGAGCACGCCAUCGAUACCCACCCCCGAAAACUGGAAAAAGGAACGGACACACUGUUGACGAAGAAGUGGAACAGAACCCACAGCCUGCGAGUGGCGACCUGAAAGCCUUACGAGCUGCCAAAAUGGAAGAAAAAACUGAUGCUGGAAUGCUGAAGUCAAUGUAUGGUUCACUUACGGCGAAGACAAUGAGCGUCGCGGAAGAAGUUGGUUACGAAGUCGAGAAGACAUUACUUCGGAUACCGAGUACACGAAAUAUGGGAAUAAUUGGAGGUCGACAGCAGGUGCAGCAACGCUGGGACAAGUCACAUAAGCAAGACGACGAAGAGGGACGAUGUGACGAUGAGGUCGCUUCAUCUGUUACUGAAAAAAUCAAGAUGAUUGUUCAACGGGAAUGCAUGCGGGAAGGAGGCGUCGAAGAAGCUGCAAGGAUAUGGAUAGAUAGGGCUAAGGGACUAAACAAGGGUCAAGGGAAAGGGGGCCAUAAGGGUAAAUCGGAAUCUGAAUGAUCAGCCUUGCAAUACUAGCGGCCUCAUGCAUAGAAUUACGAUACAGGCAGAGAACGUAG